AUGUGUAGUACAAAUGGAUAUCGAGGUCCAUUUCGUCGAUUAUAUCCAACAGGAAAAUCAACUAUUCUCGAAGUUAAUGAUGAUUCUGGUGAACCACUUUUUCUUACACCUUAUAUUGAACAAGGAAAAAUUGAAGAAGCAAAAAAUUUAAGUUUGGUUGAGUUAUUACCAUUUAAACAAGAAUCAUUUUCAGGUUAUUUAACUGUUAAUAAAGAAUAUAAUUCUAAUAUGUUUUUUUGGUUUUUUCCUGCACAAAACGAAAAUAAACCCGAUACACCAAUAAUGCUUUGGUUACAAGGUGGUCCAGGUUCUUCAUCAUUAUUUGGAUUAUUUUCUGAAAUAGGUCCUAUUUAUAUUGAUAUUAAUGGAAAUAUACAAUUACGUCAAAUAACAUGGAAUAAAAAUUAUCAUUUAAUUUUUAUUGAUAAUCCUGUUGGAACUGGUUUUAGUUUUACAUCAAAUGAACAAGGUUAUGCACGUACACAAGAAGAUGUUGCACGUGAUCUUUAUUCAGCAUUAAUACAAUUUUUUCAAAUAUAUACAAAUUAUCAAGUAAAUCCAUUUUAUGUCACAGGUGAAAGUUAUGCUGGAAAAUAUGUACCUUCGAUAACAUAUAAAAUUCAUGUUGAAAAUCAAAAUCCACAAGUAAAAGUUAAAAUUAAUUUAAAAGGUAUGACUAUUGGAGAUGGAUUAUGUGAUCCAAUUAAUCAAUAUAUGUAUGGUGAUUUUCUUUAUCAGAUCGGUCUUAUUGAUCAAACUCAAAAAACUUAUGUUGAUUUACAAACAGCACUUAUGCGUUAUGCUAUUGAACAAGAACGAUAUCUAGAUGCAUUUCAUUUAUUCGAUGCUCUUCUCAAUGGUGAUCUACUUAAUACAACAUCUUAUUUUUAUAAUAUAACUGGUAUCAAAAAUUAUUUUAAUUAUUUACUAACUAACAUCCCAGAAGAUCAAAGUUAUUUUGUUUCAUUUAUUACUCAUCCCGAACGACGAAAACAAAUUCAUGUUGGUAAUACAUCUUAUGGUAGUCAAAGUGAUAUUGUCGAAAAAAUGUUACUUAAUGAUAUGAUGCAAAGUAUGGCUUGGAAAGUAGCAGCUAUAGCAAAUGCAAAUUAUAGUGUAAUGAUUUAUAAUGGUCAAUUAGAUAUUAUUAUUGCUGUACCAUUAACAACGGAAUGGGUUAAUGAACUUAAUUGGAUUGGUACUAAUGAACUUCGUCAAACACAACGAAUAGUCUGGAAAGUUGCUGCUAAUGACCCUGAAAUUGCUGGUUAUAUAAAAACAGCAAAUAAUAAUCGAUUUUUUCUUGCAACUAUUCGUAAUGCUGGUCAUAUGGUACCAUGUGAUCAACCACAUGCAAUGCUUAAUUUACUUGAAAGAUUUUUAUCUACACAACCAAAAUUUCUAUGA